GCUCUCUCCCAUCCCCCCCAAGGCAGUAGCUGUGCUGCGCAGCUCCCUUAGCGGUUGGCACCGCGGGAGACGGUUGGGAGAACCGUUGUGAGGAGCGCUACACGGGGAGAGCGACUUCUCCCUCUUCAGGACCAGAAUUCGUGAACACCGGAGUCGGCGUUACUGUUUCCCGACAGGGUAUCUGAAGUAAAAGGGGCAUUUAAAUCAAACGGUAUUGAGAUGGAUUGGGUUAUGAAACAUAAUGGUCCAAAUGACGCUAGUGAUGGGACAGUACGACUUCGUGGACUGCCAUUUGGUUGCAGCAAAGAGGAAAUAGUUCAGUUCUUUCAAGGGUUGGAAAUCGUGCCAAAUGGGAUAACAUUGACGAUGGACUACCAGGGGAGAAGCACAGGGGAGGCCUUCGUGCAGUUUGCUUCAAAGGAGAUAGCAGAAAAUGCUCUGGGGAAACACAAGGAAAGAAUAGGGCACAGGUAUAUUGAGAUCUUCAGAAGUAGCAGGAGUGAAAUCAAGGGAUUUUAUGAUCCACCAAGAAGAUUGCUGGGACAGCGACCGGGACCAUAUGAUAGACCAAUAGGAGGAAGAGGGGGUUAUUAUGGAGCUGGGCGUGGAAGUAUGUAUGACAGAAUGCGACGAGGAGGUGAUGGAUAUGAUGGUGGUUAUGGAGGUUUUGAUGACUAUGGUGGCUAUAAUAAUUAUGGCUAUGGAAAUGAUGGCUUUGAUGACAGAAUGAGAGAUGGAAGAGGUAUGGGAGGACAUGGCUAUGGUGGAGCUGGUGAUGCUAGUUCAGGUUUUCAUGGUGGUCAUUUUGUACACAUGAGAGGGUUGCCUUUUCGUGCAACUGAAAAUGAUAUUGCUAAUUUCUUCUCACCUCUAAACCCAAUACGAGUUCAUAUUGAUAUUGGAGCUGAUGGCAGAGCAACAGGAGAAGCGGAUGUAGAGUUUGUGACACACGAAGAUGCAGUAGCUGCCAUGUCUAAAGAUAAAAAUAACAUGCAACAUCGAUACAUUGAACUCUUCUUGAAUUCUACUCCUGGAGGCAGCUCUGGAAUGGGAGGUUCUGGAAUGGGAGGCUAUGGCAGAGAUGGAAUGGAUAACCAGGGAGGUUAUGGAUCUGUCGGAAGAAUGGGAAUGGGGAACAGUUACAGUGGAGGAUAUGGUACUCCCGACGGAUUGGGUGGUUAUGGCCGUGGUGGUGGAGGCAGCGGAGGAUACUAUGGGCAAGGCGGCAUGAGCGGAGGUGGAUGGCGUGGGAUGUACUAAAAUAUAACCACCAACAUACAAGUCCUGACAACAGCAUCUGGUCUACUAGACUUUCUUACAGAUUUAAUUUCUUUUGUAUUUUAAGAACUUUAUAAUGACUGAAGGAAUGUGUUUUCAAAAUAUUAUUUGGUAAAGCAACAGAUUGUGAUGGGAAAAUAUGUUUUCUGUAGGUUUUAUUUGUUGCAUACUUUGACUUAAAAAUAAAUUUUUAUAUUCAAACCACUGAUGUUGAUACUUUUUAUAUACCAGUUCUAAGGAUGUGCUGCCUUCAUAAGAUUUGGGUUGAUGUAUUUUACUAUUAGCUCUAUAAGAAGUAGUGUAAGUCUAAUUUUAGAGGACAGUAGUGAUACACUUCUGCAUAAAUUGCAAGUCUUUACACAGACAUCUGGAAUAGAGCUUGAAAAAUAAUUAGUGUAACUUUCUCCUUUAAUUUUUAUUGGACAAUACUGUAAAUAUAAAGUUUAAAGAUGAAUUUAGUUGGCUUCAGAAAUAUAAAUCCAGCUAUUCUGUAUUAGUCAUUCUUUAAGUGUCAUAUUAUCAGGCACAGCUCUGAAAUGUUGAUGAUCUAAAAUGUAUCAGGACUUUUGAACAUUCAUCAUACUUGUGAUACCUGGGGAAUGGGGUGUUGGUUAGAAUAAAUUCCCCUCAGCACCUGAUCGAAGUACCAAAAAAUUUUUUUCCAAAAAGUGAUAGUUGAAACUCCUCAAAAUGUAGGUGAAGGUUCCCAGUAACAUGAGACUUUAGUGUAAGUACAGAGGUGUUUACUGUGGAGUAUACUUCUCACAGAUGUUACUUUCAGUUUCCUGCUCAAUAGUUUAAAGCAUAUGAUUUCAAAAUAACUAUCAAUGACAAAAAACAAUGUGCGAGACACGUCCAUUUCAUGGUCUUAAAGAGUCCUGCAGUUAAGAUUUUUGCAUCUGACAUCUGCUUGGAAUUUUGGAGCCACUGUGUUAAAAAUACUAUAUGUAGCAAGGAAAAGGUGCUUUUUAUUUUUAAUCCCUUUGAUCAAUAUGGCUUUUUUCCAAAUUGGCUAAUGGAUCAAAAUGAAACCUGUCAAUGUGAAUUCAGUUAUUGAACUUGUUAAUUUGUUUUUGCUAGUAAUGUUAACGUAAUAAAUGUUGAUGUGGGAGAUAAUA